AUUGAUAAAUGUUUGCCCAAUCUCGUCAGGAGCUUUAAGUUUGAAAAACUGCAGUAUGAGUCUCUUGUUGUGUCGCUUUGGUUCUGGCUUCACCCCGGCCACGGCUUUCUCAUUGAUCACAUCUAGAGCUGCAGCUUUUCGUUUUUCUAGCACAAUGGCCUCAGUUGAAUUCAUCAAAGACCUUUGUACUCCAGCGCUGGUCGUUGACCUGGAUAAAGUGAAGAGAAACGCUGAAGGAAUGAAGGAGCGAUGCCAGAAACUACAAGUCCAGCUGAGACCUCACAUGAAAACACACAAAACACUGGAAUGUGCGGACAUCAUGACAGGAGGCUCUCGUCGCUGUAUCGUGGUGUCAACUCUUGCUGAGGCCUCUUUCUAUGCUGAUAACGGUUAUGAUGAUAUACUGUACGCAUAUCCUCUGCCGUUUGAUAAAGUGGAGCGUUGUGCUGAGCUGUCUGAGAGACUCUCUCUGUUCCACGUGCUGCUGGACAACACUCUGGCCCUGCAGGAGCUGAAGAAGAGGCCGCUGAAGCAGGAGAUCUGGCAGACGGAGGGGGUGGAGCUGACCGGUGUUUACGCCCAUUGUGGAAACACCUACAGCUGUCAGGGGGAGGAGCAAAUCAAAGCCGUCGCCCAGCAAACCACUACAGUCACACUCCAGUUCAUGGACAAACUGAAGGCUGCAGGAAUACACAGUACCAAAUCCAGCAUUGGCUCUACCCCUUCCUGCAGUCACCCAGUGCCAGACAUGGCCAAGCUGAGUGAGGUGCAUCCUGGGAACUACGUAUUCUAUGAUGUUCAGCAGUCCCUCAUUGGGUCGUGUAGGCUUGAGGAUGUGGCAGUCCGGGUGUUAACGCGGGUCAUCGGGCAUUACCCCCGCCGAAACCAGUUACUAGUGGACUGUGGCUGGACAGCACUGAGUCAUGAUGGAGGGGGGCGGUUGCCUACAGGAUACGCCAUUAUUGAAGGGCAUCCAGAGCUCAAACUCCUGUCUAUGACUCAGGAACACGGCAGGGUGGAGCCCGUCUCUGGAAAGCUGGACUUCAAGCAGUUCCCGCUGGGGUCCCUGCUCACCCUCAUGCCUUACCACGCUUGUGCCACCGCCAUGAUGCAUCCGGUUUAUUUUGUCCACUCUAAAGGGAAAAUUGUGGACACGUGGAAACCCACUCGAGGCUGGUAACAAUCCCUAACACAGAAACACUGCUCCAGCUGCUUUAUAACGCAGGUGUCUGUAAGAAACUAACCGUAAGAGCUUGCUGAUUCUGAGCCAAAUGCAUUAUGGGCAGUUCUGUCCUUGAGGAGCACUUGUUCUUGAAAAUGUAAUAUUUCAGCAAAAAAGGCUUUGUGUAAACUAGAAUGCUCACAUCGAGAAUUACAGUCUUCGUUUUAGAUGUUUUUUUUUUCUGUGUAACACACAUACACAAGGGCACACAAUUACAAUCUCUGCACACUCAUGAAAGACUGUGAAAAGACUGUGAUUUGGUCUUUGUAUCUGAAUGAUCUUGCAUGCGGGAUGUUUUAUGUGCUCCAAAAGAGCUUUGGAAGGAUCUGAAAUGUCUGAAUUUGUGCUUUUCACUUCUCGCACUUCACAUAAAGCCACAGCGAAGGUGUUUAAAGAUCAGAUUCUCUGAUGGCUUUUUCAUAUAUUUGCCUUUUAUGUUCCCAGUUGAUGAAUUCACUUUAGAAGUACAAUAAAAGCAGACUGAUGAUAAUAAAACAAGCUUUCUAUUAAAGGAUGUUUUUUUUAAUGAUAGUCCCUUUUCACACGCUCGCUUUUGUGAACUUGUGAUGUACAGGAGAUUGUAAGUGAUUCAGUGCUCCAGUGUACUCACAAUGAGUCAUUCAUUUUUAUUCGGCUUAGUUCCUUAUUUAUCAGGGGUCACCACAGCGGAAUGAACCGCCAACUAUUCCGUCAUCAUGUGUUUUACAGAGCGGAUGCCCUUCCUUUAUCUUGCCAUAACUAAUAAAAAUACUUUUCCAUCUGA